UAGAUCAGAACAGAUUUGUGCAAAGUAAAGCAGUGGAAGCAACCUUUGAGGCUAUCAAGAAUGACAACCCAGAUAUUGUAAUAGAAAUUACGAAAGCCAAUGAAAAUAUAUUAUGGAGCAGUACAGAUCCUGAAGAAUCAACAAGCAUGUUUACAUGUGCUGUAACAAAUCGUCAAGAGAAAGUGGCGCAAUUUCUUCGAGAACUUGGUGCAAGCAGUGAUGAAAAUAUAGUUAAUUUCAUCGAUGAAGAUGGAAACAAUGUGUUACAUAUGGCGGCAAGGGUAGCUUCUCAUUCUAAGUUAAGCCACAUUUCUGGUGCAGCUUUGCAGUUGCAAAGUGAACUGCGUUGGUUCCAGGUAUUCAUCCUUUAACUAAAACUCCGAGUGGCAUUGUUGUGGUUAUUUUAUUUUAUUUUUUAGUUUUAUUUUGCACAAUGUGAUUUUUGGCUUUUAGUUUUGGAUUUCAUAAAUUUUUCAAUUUUUG